UAUAAGGGCUUUCACUUCCGUGUCUUUUCCCGGAAAUGAUUGGUUGGCAUUGGCAACGUUUUAGCCAGGUCUAACGGCGUAUACACCUACACUCAGAGAGUAAAGAAAACGAAACGAAGAAUAAAGGAAGAAUUCAACUGAGGACUUGCCAACCUUUCUAUCUUCUCAUCCACUCACCACAGAGGAGCAAAGAGCGAGUACAGACUGCAAACAGAAUGACCAGCUCAUCUGCUCCCAGGAUGGUGAACAGUUACAAGAGGACUUCAAGCCCCCGAUCCCCAACUAACAGUGGGGAGCUCUUCACCCCAGCACAUGAGGAAAAUGUGCGCUUUAUUCAUGAUACCUGGCAGUGUGUGCUUAGAGACAUCAGAUCAACACAAAAUAGUGAACGUAAUGACCGUGGACCACAGGAAUAUGUGGAGAAGAACCCCAAUCCUAACCUACAUUCUUUCACACCAGUGGACCUGAGUGACCUCAAGAAACGCAACACACAGGACUCCAAGAAGUCCUAGUCUUUCUCGUGAUGGUCCAGGAGCUUUUUUCACCCGUUAUCCUUGAGAACUUUUUCUCCAUCAGCCCUUUGUCAGCCAGAAAGUCAGCCCUCUUGGCCAGUCUAGCACCGAAUGCCACUCUUUUUAAACUCUGGACCAUAGCAACCCAUCUCUUUUUAUUUACCCACUACAACUGACCAAGAAGAAAAGAACUGGGAUUUUAGGGAGUAGACAUUCUCCCAUUCUUGGUUCAUCUUUUUUCAAGUCAGAGAAUCGUCAUAUGUUCAUUCUUUAUGUGAAAGGGACUGAUACAAACUUUCAUUAAAAUUCGCUGACAUCUGAUGCUGAGGUACAAACUGUUGACACUCUCCACAGGACACAGAAGACUGCAGUCUUAAAUAAAAACAAUGUUUUCUUUACUACUGCUACUUAUACGACCUUGGAGGAAAUGUGAAAGGGCUGACUUCUUUUUUUUUUAGUUUGUUUUUGGAAAGUAGUUUGAUAGAAUAAUUGUAGAAGUAACAAAAUGAUCACAUUGGAUAUACAGUAUAUCAGCAAGUUUCAGAAGCCAAAUGCAUUGUAGAAGGCCAACAUUUUUAUUAUAAAAUUUCUUGCCCUAAAGUGGACUUUAUUUAGUAGAAAACUCUCCAAAUAUGCCACCCCUGGUUAACCCCCCCCUUCCCCAAGCCUUGAAACAAAAUGUUGAAUAAAAUACUUUUACAGUAA